UUAACCACUUUUUAAUUAGAACGUUUCGAAUUGUUUCUAAUUUUAGUACGUACUUCACUUUUUUUGGUUUGGUAAUAAUGAUUUGUCCUAAUAAUGAUCAAAAGAAGUUUAUUUUUUCUAAUGAUUUUUGUGCUUUGUAUUAACCACACUUGGUCUGACGAUCAAAAAAAACAUUCUAGAGUGAGAAGAUAUUUGGCUUUUCCCGAAGGAUCCAUAUUUACAGCCGUAUUUUGUCUCACAAACCUCAUGGGUAUAACGCCGGGAUCGGAUAUCUUUUCCAUGAAUAUAAAUUGGGGAUUAGCUUACGAACUACCAAACGAUACUAAGCCCUUAUUAGACGUAUAUAAACCUGCAAUGAAGAGAAGGAAUAGAAGAGAUUUAUAUGGAAGGAUUGAGAAAAUACUGACAUCGAUGGGUUACAACGGAAGGACUUGCAUGUUAAGAAGUAUUUGUGAGGCCGAGCAACGAUUCUUAAAAGAUGAAGAAAAUUUGAUUUAUAAGAUACUAAGCAUAAUAUUUAGUUUUCCACAAGAACCGAUUUUGGAUCAUGAACCAGACAUACAUCACAUUUAUCACUACGCUUCUCAAAUGGGAAGAAGUAAUGGAGAAGUUGACCAGCCUAACGAUAUUAAGGAUAAGUGCUCGGAAGCUUUUAAAUGUCCAUUUUCGUUGAUUGAUUUUAGUUUAGGUUAUUACUCAUUUACCGGAACGUAA